GGAAUCUACUUGUGGUACUUUCUCGGCGUUAUCGGGUUGAAUAUGAUUCUGAUUAGUAUCAUUGGUGUUGAGAUUGUAGCCCACGUGGAUGCCGUAGGAGAAAUGAUUCAGUACGGUUCGGCGACAAUCCUAUCGUUCUCACAUCUUUUUGUCGAGUGCCUCAUCGGUCAGCGUCUCAUAGAUUACAGUCUCGGUAUUCAAGAGCAUGUAUCUAAUUCACAAUGGUACGACAGCUCGGUAAAAUCCCAAAAGAUGCUGAGGUUACUCCUCAUGAGGAGCCAAUACCCCUGUCAACUGACUGCUGGAAAACUACUGGUCAUUAAUAUGGAGAGUUACAGCAGGAUCAUACGGACCUCGGCUUCAUACUUCACAGUUCUCCUAGCUAUGCAAUAACAAGCCCGCGAUAGUUCCUGGGUUGUGAUGACGACGUUCCUUAUUAUGUCUUUGUUAGGUUUGAUAGAGUCGUAGAGUAAUAGAAUUCUUCUUCUCCCUCUUCUUCAAUUUUUAUGGCAAU